AUGUCUGACUCUGAGACAGACCUCUUCCAGUACACUAGUGGCCGUUGGCUCUGGAACGAAGAGCGACAGCUCAAGAACCGAUAUACUCCUUUCAAUGUGCCUGAGUUGAAGAGAAUUGCAGCGCAUAGUAUCGGUGCAGGUACCUGCACCGCAAUCACAAAACUGGGAGAAGGGAACUACAAUAAAUGCUUUAGACUUGAGAUGGACAAUGGAUCAUCCAUGAUUGCACGAAUCCCCCACCCCAACGCCGGGCCCAGGUACUAUACCACGGCAUUUGAGGUUGCAACCAUGGGAUUUGCUCGAACGAUUCUCGGAAUACCGCCACCCCGUGUGUAUGCUUGGGAUGCCGACAAGGAUAACUCCGUCGGUUCUGAGUACAUCAUCAUGGAGGAAGCAUCAGGUACCAUGGUGCAAGAAGUGUGGGAAGAUCCUUCCAUCGAUGACAAAAUGGAUUUCGCACAAGAGCUCGCCGAAAUUCAGAGAAAGUUGCUUCAAGUACCCCUAAACUGCUAUGGAAGUCUGUAUUAUGCAACCUCCAACAUCAAAGAUGCCGUUCUGGCUGAGACCAGUGGAGAAGUACCCCCAGAACUUAGAGACGAGAUACGCCGUCGUUUUGUUAUCGGCCCAGUUGCGCUAAGAGACUAUUGGAACAAAGAACGUGCAAAGAUGGCUUUGGAUCGUGGACCAUGGCAAGAACCGCAGGAUUAUUUACUCUCCCUAGCUCGGCGCGAAGAGGCAUGGUUUCAGCAACACGCAACAACAACAACAGCAACAACAUCGCCAUCCGAGGAUUGCCCCCAGGCACCCUCAGCAACCCAAAAUGGCCCAGAUAGUCAUCUCUCCUUGCUGCACAAAUAUGCCAAAGUUGCACUCCAUCUUCUCCCAACCGACCCUGCUAUGAAUGCACCCCAUCUCUGGCAUACAGAUCUGCACGCUGGAAACCUCUUCAUUCAAGACGGUAGAGUAUCUAGUGUCAUAGACUGGCAAGGACAGUGGAUAGCACCACUGAUGCUUCAAGGACGUCCUCCAAAGCUAAACCCCGAGCACUUCGACGAAAUUGAUGCACAGGAAAAGUCUCGGAUCCGAGAAUGUAUGCGCAAGUCGAUGCUGUUCUAUCUUUAUCAACUGCGAGUUAAGAAUGGGACCCCAUUCUUUUGGAAAUAUUGGGAGUCAUUGGGAUUUGACAUCCCCUGUCCUAUUCAGUUCAAGGAGGAAGAGGUACAUGACUGCAUAGAAGAAGACGAGAUAUGGAACAACAUACAAGUGGUGGACAGGGAGGGCUUUUCAUUUCAUGAGUGCUACGAUCGUGCCGUUUUACUCUUUAAAAAGGUGCGAGAGGCUUGCAAGGAAGGUAUGGAAGGGAAAGAAAGGGAAAUGUGGGACAAUCAGACAUGCUGGGUUGAGAAGCAUUACCGGGCUGAUUCUUGA